UCCGGGCAAACCGCGAACGCCUCUGAGCUGCUUCCCGUCAGCUCACAACGCUCAUCAUUCCGAGCAGGAAUUACCUGUUUUUUUUUCACCCAGGUAAACCUCGUUCUCCCCUCAGAGCAGUCUUAUUGAAGGAUGAACCAGCGGGAAUCCAAAUAAAGCGGAGUAAUUAUCCCUGCGUUGUUGUGGAGGCAGCUCGGAGGAGGAAUGGAUGCGAGCGAGCGAGGAGAGGCGCACCGAGGCAGCGCUAUCUGACGGAGCCAGCUCUUCUGCUGCAGCUGUGGGAAGCCAGAACAUCCCGACGGUUCUCUGCUUUACACACGCUAACAGGCGAGAAAAUCGGUGGCGAUUCGUUAUUAUGCACGUGCUGGGAUUGUAUAUGAAGAGCGGGGGUAAAGCCAUGUAGCCAGUCUACUCUGACACACACGGAGAGAGAAAAACCAGCCGCCUGGUCCCUGAUUCACUCUCUGUCCUCACCGCGGUGAUUCGUCUGUUUUCUCCUACCUCUGCUCUGGUUGUGUGUCUUCAGACCUGCUCAGUGUUUUCUGCUGUUUUACCGUUAAAGAGCGUGGGAGCCACAGGACAGCGUUGGCAUGUGUCCAUGCGCGCUCCACACCGGGCUGUUAGUGAUGGAGCUGUGAGCCAGCGGAGGACAACACAUGCUCUCUCCCCGGCUGUUGUCACGGUAGCUCGGGCUGUUGUGAAGAUAUCUCGGGUAAAAUGCAGUGAAUGUCAGUCUCUCCGUGCCAGUGACGCAACAUCUCACACACUGCAUGAGACAUACAUGCGUAGAAGGGCGUGAACUUGUGAGCACACACUAUCCUCCUUCACAUUAAAGCACCACCUUCUUAUCUUUAAAGGCGGUGUGACCCCCUCUCAUCCAGCUGAACUUAUCCCGGGGACUUCGUCAUGGAUCUUAAAGCGGACUCGGAGGACAUGGACUACAAGCGGCCGGCUCCUAUCGAAGUUUUCGCCAGCAGGUCCACGCUGCACGGCAUCUCGCACAUGUUCACUUAUGAGCGGAUGUGUAUCAAGCGCAGUCUGUGGAUCCUGUUCUUCCUGGGCUCCCUGGGCGUGCUGGUGAUGGUGUGCGUGGACCGGGUGCAGUUCUACUUCCAGUACCCUCAUGUCACCAAGCUAGACGAGGUAGCAGCUCCGAUGAUGGUGUUCCCCUCGGUCACCUUCUGCAACCUCAACUCGUUCCGCUUCAGCCGAGUGACCCGCAACGACCUGUACCACGCUGGGGAGCUCCUUGCCUUGCUCAACGGCAGGUAUGAGAUCCGGGACCCACACCUGGUGGAGGAAAAUGUCCUGCAGAUCCUGAAGGAGAGGGCUGACUUUGACAACUAUAAGCCCCGCCCCUUCAACAUGCGUGAAUUCUACGACCGAACGGGACACGACAUCAAGGACAUGCUGCUUUCCUGCUACUACCGUGGCAUGGAGUGCAGCGCCGAGGACUUCAAAGUGGUGAGUCCGGCAUGUCAGUAG